AUGUCUUUUCGCAAGCGUAAUGUCGUCAUUGGAGCUGCUGGGUCUUCAUCUCCCAUCGUUCGACAAGAGAAGUCUCUUGCACCUGGGACAAGACCAUCUCCAUUAGAUGGACGUUUGACAACCUCAACAGGCACACAGUCUUUGGAUCAGCUCUUGUCAGGUCAUGCUGGAAUCCCAAUGGGCACUUCCUUGCUCGUUGAAGAGACAGGAACUACGGACUUUGGAGGAGUGCUUUUGCGAUACUAUGCCGCCGAAGGACUUGUCCAAGGACAUCAAGUUCACCUCUUGGGAUUUGGCGAUGCUUGGAGAAGAGAGCUUCCUGGUCUUGGAAGUCCUGAUGGCUCUAAGAAGAGCAGCAAGCCAACCUCAUCAUCGGACGAAAAGAUGAAGAUUGCUUGGCGUUACGAGACACUCGGACAGCGCAAUGUUCCAGUCAGAGAUUCCCAAGCACCGACGACUCCCGGACAGACACCGAGUACGUUUUGCCAUGGUUUCGACCUGACCAAGCGUCUUGAGAACAGUGUCAUCAAGGGCCAGCUUCACACGACCCCAGUGGAAGGUCCCUUGACAUCUCCAACAAACACGCCUUUCCACAAGUUCAUUACCGAUUUGUCCUCCAAAAUCAAGAACUCGCCACCUUCUACCGUUCAUCGGAUCGUGGUACCCAGCCUCCUCUCGCCUACACUGUACAAUUCUGCUGCCAGUCAACCCAAGGAGGUCCUCGAGUUCCUCCAUGCUUUGAGAGCACUUCUUCGACAGUACUCAACCCAGGUCACGGCAUUUGUGACUAUUCCAGUUACUUUGUUCCCUCGUUCUACAGGACUAACACGGUGGAUGGAGUUACUAUCUGAUGGAGUUCUCGAGUUGAUUCCUCUACAACACCAAGCUCCAGUUGUUCGGGAGCCCGGCAAUGAAGACAAGGGCCAAGGACUACUGCGUGCCCAUAGCUUACCCGUGUUCCAUGAAAAGGGCGGUGGCCUGGAAGGUACCUGGAACAGGGAAAACCUGUCUUUCAAGCUGAGCAGUUCCAGUGGGCUGGUAAUCACACCCUUUAGUCUACCACCGAUUGGAGACGAGGAAGAGCCAAGCAAAGGAACCAAGCCCAACGAUCACAAGAAGGAGACAUUGGAUUUUUGA